GAUAUGGCGGAGGCGGGAAAAGAGCUCGCCAGCCUCGCGUUCCCGGGAGGAGGUGCGGCUCAGUGGCCUCUGCAGCGCUAUGGCCGCUUCAUGCCGUCGGGUACCGGAGAGCCGCCUGGGCUUGGUCAGGACGUUGGGGCAGCGUCUUCCCCCACAUGGAAGGUUUUUGACUCCAGUGAGGAAUCUGGGUAUCUUGUUCUCACCAUCGUUAUAUCAGGUCAUUUCUUCAUUUCCCAAGGACAGACACUGCUGGAAGGGUUUUCACUCAUUGGUAGCAAGAACUGGUUGAAGAUCGUGAGACGCAUGGAUUGUCUGUUAUUUGGAACAACAAUAAAGAACAAGAGCCGCAUGUUCCGGGUGCAGUUUAGUGGAGGGUCCAAGGAGCAGGCGCUGGAGCACUGCUGCAGCUGUGUGCGGAAGCUGGCCCAGUACGUGCCGGUGCAGGCGCCCGACCCAGUGGUCCAGGAGCUCCCGCCGAGUCCCCGCCCACUGACGGCGGGUGAAAGCCAAGGGAAGGACUGUGUGCGGCAUGUCCCCUUGCAGCAGGGGCCACCCCAGAAGCCGGAGAAGCCGCAGCCAUGUGGACCGGCCAGCACGAGCGCUUCCGGAGGAAGGACCUCAGUGAGUCACUUAGCUCAGUCUCUCCUGGUGUCAGGGGAGCGGCUCCCGGUCUGUGAACAAUCUGCGUGGGACGCGGAGGAGUUAGGCCCUUUUCUACGCUUGUGCCUCAUGGAUCAGAAUUUUCCCGCGUUUGUGGAAGAGGUAGAAAAGGAACUCAAAAAGCUGACAGGGUUGAGAAAUUAA